AUGAGCUCCAUACAGGAGCGUUUGCAGCUUAAACGCGUACCUUUAGAUACCUGGAAUGUAAGAGAACAGUUAUGCCUUGCCUCCGCAGUGGUUAGAAGCGGAGAUCAGAACUGGAUGUCAGUUUCCCGCGCUCUAAAAACUAUUGGCGAGCCAAACAGACCACCAGAUUGGUAUUCACAAAAGAGCUGUGCAGCCCAGUACGGAGCUCUUCUCGAACAUGUGGAGACACCGAAACGGAAGAAGCGGAGCUCAGAAGGUGCGGUGGAAACUCCGCAGGAGAGCAUCUGGAAGCGGUUGAUGCAGGAACGCAUUGCGGAGAUACAGAAACAGUUAGUCGAGAUGCAACAACAGUAUGAUCAGGGAAAGGACAUCGUACUAGAAUUACGGAACCCAGCCACUUCAGACGAAAGGGUAAAGGAGCUUUACGCCAAUAUGGAAGCAAGGAAUAGAGCGAGAGAGCGAGAGCAAGCUAGACGGGCUGCCUGGUUGAAAGAAAGAGAUGAAAAACGGGCCCGAGCCGACCGAGCGUGGAAACCUAUGUUGACUAAUAAUACAACGCAGAGCCAGCCUACUGCGUCGUCCCCCGCCCCUCCUGCGUCCCCCCUGCUGACGUCACUGCUCAAGUCGUCCCCUGUCGUCACCACCCCGCAACAUAUCUCGCACCCCGCCAAUUGUGUUGAGACGGUAUCCCCUUCAGUGACAGCUCCGACACUCUCAAUGUUGCUGGAGAAGUCAGCGUCAGGUACGAGCCAACAUGAGAGCAAGCAUGCCGCCAUAGAACAUAUCAAGAAUCAACUCGUACAGAUUGAACAACAACUUAAAGCGAACACACCACCAGUGCUGUCAACGAGCGCCCAGCCGUCUCAAGCGCCGCCAUUAGACCUGGACGAUAUAGAAAUAAAGGCCGAAGAUGUCUAUGCAUUCAGGGACAUAGACAUACAUAUACCGCCCGUCACCGCCAUGCAUAAGCCAGGGAACAGUUCCAGACCACCAGACAAGCCAGCAGGUACGGCUAGCAAGGACGAGGAGCAGGUUCAAUCCCCGGCUGUGGCAGGUGACGGACCCGUCAUUGUGGACGAACAAGUCAUCAAGGUGGAACCUGAACAGAUGUCAGCUGAACCAAUUGAGGAGGAGGUUCUACAGGACGACAUUGAAAGCGAACCUAUACAUCCUCCAGUACAACCGGCGCGGAUAACAAAGGAGAAUACACCGGAAGUGGAAGUGAAAAUAGCGUUCCCCGAGGUGAAGUUCCCGACCACUGAAAUAAAAGUUAUACACCCUGAAGAUCAGAAGAUCAAAGAAGAAGUGAAAGAACCGGAGACUACCGCAGAAGCGUCGCCAGAAGUAGAGACGGUGGAAGAAGAGGUUGUCACAGUAGACGAUACACCACAAAUUGUUGAAGAAGAAAGCAUAAUACAAGAAGACCCGACACCUCCGCCAGCAGAAGAAGAGAAGACUUCUGAGUCUCCUGUGGAACUAGAACAGACCACAGAAGAGACAGUUGUAGAGGAACCUACAGUCGAGAUUCCACCGGAGACUAUACCAUUGCCACCAGAGCCUGAAGUGGAGGAGGCGGCGGAAACUGAGGCUCAAGUUGUUGAAGAGCCCCCUCCACCCCCGCCAGAAGAGCCACAGAUCCCGUCGCUCCCCGAGCCGAUACACGCGGACAAUAUAGAAAGAGAGUUGGAGAUGAUGGAGAACGGAGAAGAAGUAGUAAGAGAACAACAGAAGACCACAGAAGAUGUUAAGAAAGAUGAAGAGUCUGAGGAUUCAAUCCCCUUAAAAGAGAUGAUAAAAGAAGAGUCUCUCCCGGUAGCUCAAGAAGCAGAAGUGAAAGAAGAACGGGAGAAGACUGACGUAGAGGACACACAUACUGAAACUGAUGACGAUACGCCUAUGGAGUUGAGCAGAGAAGAAGAGAAGGACGGCAAGAAGAAGAGGGAUUACUCGCGCAAGAAGAAAUCGGAUUCUAGAACUUGUUCCGGGUCAGAGAGCGCGGCGGAGGCGAGCGGGGCGGAGUCCCCGGGGGGCUGCGAUGUCGACAGACAACAUAGACUGUGGAAGAAGUCUGUUAUGUUGGUCUACAGCAGACUAUGUACACAUAAGUACGCGUCGCUAUUCCUCCGCCCUAUCACCGACGAGGAGGCGCCAGGAUACAGCAUGGUGGUGAAACGACCCAUGGACCUUAAUACCAUCAGGAAAAAUAUCGAUUCGGGCGUUAUAAGGACCACAGCGCAGUUUCAGCGUGACGUGCUACUGAUGUUAUCUAACGCGCUCAUGUACAACAGUAGUGAACAUAGCGUCUACUCCAUGGCGAAGGAUAUGCAUGCUGAGGCACAAGGACAAUUAGGAAUGUUAUUAGCAGCGCAAGCGCAUGCCGGACUAGUGCACUCAGCGCCGGCCAGACGCAAGCGACGCCGGGAACAUUCGCCUACCUUACAGACUCAUAAACGACAACAUUAG